AUGGGCCCCAAGAAGAAGCCCGACGCCCGCGGUGGCCCCAAGCCCGGCACCAAGCAGGCCAAGGCUGCAGCGGAAAAAGCGGCGGAGAAGAAGCCCGCCCCAGAAGAGCCCAAGAAACCGACCGUGAAGGAUGUGAUUGGCGGCGCAUCAUGGACGGGCAAAUUACCUGUCAAUAUGCUGUCGGAGCAUUGCCAGAAGCAGAAAUGGGAAAAGCCAGAGUACAGCAUGAUUCAAACCCGCGAUGGCUAUGUGUCGGCGGUGACGCUGAAGAAAAUAGAUCCCAAAACGAAGGAAUUGACCGUCCUACCCCCCAUGAAGCUGCCUCCGACGCAUAAAGAGCUAGCUGCCCAGCCGACAGCCCUCGAAGCCCGCCAUUUCGCCGCGGCCUUUGGGCUCUUCCGCGUGUGCAAUAUGCGCAAUCUCCACAUGAUGCUCCCGCCGACGUAUAAGAAAUUGUGGAGGGAGGAAUUCGCAGAAAUAAAGACCGCAGAGACAAAAGAGGGCAAGGGCUGGUUAUAUGAAGCAGAUCCAUUCUUGGCCAAGCAGGAACGCGAGAGCGCUGCGGCAGACCUGCAAAAGAAAAAGGCAGAGCGCGAAAAGAUGCAGGCGAAGGAGAAGGCCUCUGCGGCCGACCUUGGCUUGGGAAGCGGGGAUAACAAGGGCAAGCGCAUCUGGUCACAGGCGCCCAAGGUCGACAUGGGCGCUCGGAUCCGACGAGAGAUCGAGGGCCUUCUGCGGCAACACACGGUCUGGAAUGCUUACGGGGUGAAGAUUCCAGAGAAGGAGAAGAGCAUCAUCGUCGAGGAGUUCUCCCGCUUGGGUUUUCGACGCAGCCACGUCGAAGAGGCAGUUGCCGAAUGCAAAGACCGCGAGGAAGUACUGGAGUGGCUAUUGGUCUACGUGCCUGAAGAUGAUCUUCCACGGUGGAGUUUGCCCGAGGGAUACUCGGCGGGUGUCAGUCUCGCUGCCGGCGAUCUCGCAAGAGAAGCCAAGAUCAAGCGGCUAGCCUCCAUUGGAUAUCCGGCAGAUCUGUGCUCGCAGGUGUUAGAUAGCAAGAGCGGCGAUGAACUGGCGGCUGCGGAGUAUCUGCAGAGUACGCUAGCUCAUGGAUCAGCAUUCGCAUCGGCUUCGAUCGCAGAGGGCGAUGCAGGCGCGUGGGCGGAAGAACAGGAUACGCUGGAGGCCAUCUUUGGUGAACGCUACUUGCGUGUCUCCCCCAGGGUCUGCGAGAUCAGGAGCGAGGCCCCCGAGAUCCCCGAAAACACCGUCUUCCGCUUCCAAGAGCCAUCCACGCACUACCCGACGGCGCCUCCAGUCAUCUCAAUCCAGGCCAAGAGUAUUCCGGCGUACAUCCGGCUCAGUGCGAUUCGUCGAGCGGUGCAGUACGCUGAGGAGAACUUCUCGGGCGAGUCCAUGAUCUUCAAUGUCCUGGAUUGGCUCGAGGUCAAUCUACCCUGUAUCAUGGAGAGCCCGGGUAGACUUCGCGAGAUCUCUGCUGUGACUGCUUCUCCAGCAGCAGACACUCGACACAUACCCGCACGACCUGCUCGCAAGCAGCGCAAGGGCAUUGAUUGGAAGCCCAACUCCCCGCAAAGUCUGGAAAUGCGCAGAGCCUGGGAAGCCAAGCAAACGACUCCGGCACAAGUUGCGAUGUGCCGUAAGAGACAGGCUCUGCCUGCGUGGAAUACGCAAGAGGAUAUCAUCUACGCUGUCGACAAUCACCAAGUCACCAUCAUCUCCGGUGAAACCGGUAGCGGUAAGAGCACACAGUCUGUGCAGUUUGUGCUGGACGAGAUGAUCAGACGUGGCCUUGGAGGCGCGGCAAACAUCAUCUGUACCCAACCGCGUAGGAUCUCAGCCCUCGGUCUGGCCGAUCGAGUCAGCGAUGAGCGAUGCUCGACCGUUGGGGAUGAGGUUGGCUAUGUGAUCCGUGGCGAGUCGAAGGUUAGGCAGGGUGCGACAAAGAUUACUUUUGUGACUACUGGUGUCUUGCUCCGCCGAAUGCAGUCCGGUGGUGAUGCAGAUGGUAAUGUUGCCAGCUCUCUGGCUGAUGUCUCACAUGUUGUUGUCGAUGAAGUUCACGAGCGAAGUCUCGAUACUGACUUCCUCCUCGCUCUGCUGCGGGAUGUUCUGCGUCACCGCAAGGAUCUGAAGGUCAUCCUGAUGUCCGCCACCCUGGACGCAGACAUCUUCACGAACUACUUCGGUGGCCCCAAGUCCGUGGGUCUGGUCAAUAUCCCGGGGCGGACGUUCCCUGUGGAUGAUUACUACUUGGACGAUGUUAUUCGAGACACUGGCUUUGCUCCCGAGCUAAGUGAAGACUUUGACGAUGAUUUUGAGGCUCCCCGUGGCCAGGAGUCUCUCGGCAAGGCACUUCGGAGCGUCGGCAUGGGCAUCAACUAUGAAUUGAUCGCAGCCACUGUGGAAUAUAUCGAUGCCCAACUAGGUGAUCAACCAGGAGGCAUUCUGAUCUUCCUGCCCGGCACUAUGGAAAUCGAGAGGUGUCUGAAUGCAGUGAAAAGGAUCCCCAACGCACACCCACUGCCAUUGCACGCUUCCCUCCUCCCAGCCGAGCAGCGCCGUGUAUUCCAAGGUCCACCCCGGGGCAAGCGCAAGGUCAUCGCCGCCACCAAUGUUGCCGAAACCUCCAUCACCAUCGAAGACGUAGUCGCCGUCAUCGACACCGGCCGCGUGAAAGAAACCAGCUACGACCCGAAGGACAACAUGGUCCGCCUGCAAGAAGUCUGGGCGUCCCAAGCCGCCUGCAAACAGCGGCGCGGUCGUGCAGGCCGUGUCCGCGCUGGCAUAUGCUACAAGCUGUAUACGCGCAAAGCCGAAUCAAAUAUGGCGCAUCGACCAGACCCAGAGAUCCGCCGCGUGCCACUAGAACAGCUCUGCCUCUCCGUCAAAUCCAUGAAGGGCAUUGACGACGUCGCAAACUUCCUCGCGAAUACCAUUACCCCGCCGGAAAGUAUUGCCGUCGAGGGCGCCCUGUCCUUCCUGCACCGUGUCGGCGCCCUAGACCACAGCCGCCUCACGGCGCUGGGCCGGUACCUUUCUAUGAUCCCGGCCGACCUGCGCUGCGCGAAGCUCAUGAUCUACGGCUCCAUCUUCGGCUGCAUAGAGUCCUGCCUCACUAUUGCGGCCAUUCUCACCGUGCGGAGCCCAUUCGUCUCGCCACGCGAGAAGCGUGACGAAGCCAACGCUGCGAAAGCCGCUUUUUCCCAGCCCGGCGAUGGUGACCUCCUCACUGAUUUGGCAGCCUACCAGUCCUGGGCCGAGCGAGUCCGGUCCCAGGGCCACUGGCAGACGCAGUCGUGGUGCGGCGCAAACUUCCUGUCCCAUCAGACGCUGCGCGAUAUCUCCUCUAACAGGGCGCAAUUCGUGACCUCCCUCAAAGACGCCGGCAUCCUGCGCGUAGACUACACUGAUGCUGCGAUAGCGCUCAACCGCAACGGAGCCAAUAAGAAUCUGCUUCGCGCGCUAAUUGCAGGCGCGUUCCAGCCGCAGGUUGCGCAGAUCUCAUUUCCGGAUAAGAAGUUCGCAAGCUCGGUCACCGGUACGGUGGAGGUGGACCCUGAUGCCCGGACGAUCAAGUAUUUCAACCAGGAGAACGGGCGGAUCUUCAUCCACCCCAGCUCGAUUUUGUUCUCUGCGCAGGGCUAUCCCAGCGCGGCAGCCUAUCUAGCUUAUUUCACCAAGAUGGCGACCAGCAAGGUGUUCGUACGCGACCUUACGCCAUUUAACGCCUACUCCCUCCUUCUCUUCUGCGGCUCCCUCACCCUGGAUACCAUGGGCCGCGGCCUGAUCGUAGACGGCUGGCUCCGGCUACGCGGAUGGGCCCGCAUUGGUGUCCUGGUAUCACGGCUCCGGACAAUGUUGGACGAAGCGCUGCAGGCGCGCAUUGAUAAUCCGGCGCUCGGAUCGGACGGUGGCGCUGGGGAUCGGGUCAUUGAGGCUGUGAAGAAGCUGAUAGAACUGAAUGGGCUUGAUCAGUAA